AUGAGAUUGGAAGUGUGGAAUGCCCGUCGUUACGCUGAAUUAAGACACUAUGAGACUGCUGCUAAAACGUAUUUAGCACUGUUUGAUAAAAUCCCUCAGAAAGUUGCCUCAAAAUAUUUAAAGGAAUUUAUCGCAGUAGUGGAAGAGAUAUGUGCAGAUGGUAACUGCACGGAGCAACAGCUAUUGCUGGGUCAAUGCCGAACUAUGUUCCCGAAUGAAUCACUCAUUUUAAAUGCAUGCGCGAAGCUCUUUUCCGAUAUGGGUUAUCUACUGAAAGGUUUUGAAUAUGCUUUGGUAGCUGCUGAAAAUAGCUCUCAUGCAUUUACACGUGUUAACGCACUUGUGAACAUGCAGAAGAUCAGGUCCAAUCUCAUAAAACCAUGGGAAUUGGCUGUGUUUAACAAUGCUCGCCGUCUCGUUAGAUACGAAGCAGCUAUGGUACUUAUAGCAAAAUGGAAACCAAACAGCAAUGUUCUUGUGAUUGGUACAGGAAUUGGUGCGCUCUCAUCAAUUGCAAGCAGGUACUUCAAAAAUGUGCACUGCAUUGAGAUUAAUCCAAAUUGGGCUGAUAUCGUUGAGAUAAGACUGGAACAACGAAUACUUGCUUGUAGUUUAAAAGAGUUGAAAAUAAAAUCUAUCGAAAUUGAAAAAGUAGAUGUCGUAAUUAUCGAUGUAAUGUCAUAUGGUAUUUUAGGCGAAAAAAUUUUGCAAACUUUAUACAGUUUAGACGAACACUUUCUAUCGCAAUACCGAAUUUUCAUCCCCAAAAGGGCGACAGCUUACGCGUGUAUUAUUGAAUGUCCGGCAGUGUUAGAUGAAAACUUUGCAUGCAUUGGUGGAUAUCGAGUUUUUUCCGAACGCAUUCGUAGAUCUUACGGUUUUUUCGCUUCUGAAAUUCGUAGUGGAUACAAAAUUUUAAGUAAAGCUGUAGAAAUUUUUUCGAUAAAUUUCUGCAGCCUUGCAGAGUUCAUGAAGAUUGCAAGCGAAGGUAUCACAGAGCUUCAGAUGGCUCCUAUAUUAAGAAGUGGUACUGCGCAUGCUAUUAUGGCUUGGCUUAGUUGUAAAUUAUUCACUGGUUUGCCUCCUAUCGAUUCAAACCCAAUUUCUAGUAACAAUUGUCAGCAAGCAAUAUUCCCGCUGCCAAAACCAAUAUAUUUGCUUAAAAAUAGCAUUUGUACACUAGAAGUGAAGCUUGACAGGAGUCAAUUAUUCUGCGUUCUGACAGAGAUAGUCAUACCGAAUGAUGUGGGAAGUAAUGACAGUGUAGCAUCAAGCAGUACGGCAUUAAAAUAUUCAGAUUAUGCAGACAUGGAUGAUUUUGAUGUAUCAGAAACAAACGAUUUAUUGCUGAUGAAUGAUAAACCACUGAUUAAUUUCUUCAAGCAGAGUUUGGAUGAAGUGCAAAAGCGAAGAAAAUUUAUGGGAAGAAAAGAGCCAAUGUGUGUUCUAGAUAUUCUUAACAUCUGCUCAAUUUCAUUAACACUUACAGAAGCAAAUCCUACGAUAUUGUUUUUUUGUCGUAAUCAUGAUUCUUCAAAUUUUUAUCAUUUAUUCGAUGAUGCCUUAAGCGUAUUUGGACCAUUUCCAGAUGAAGAUGAGAUUUGCAAAGAACAAGAAUAUAAACCCGAUACUGGUUGUCCAUUUUCAGUAUUUUAUUACUUCUGUAUGAUGACAUGUUUUAAUUUGAAUGUUACUAACAAUAUUUUAUAUAAUAGCAGAAAUUAUUUAUUUAAGGAUUGCGAAUCCAUGGAUGCAUUAAUAUUUUGGCCUAUUAGUUCACAUGGUUUCCUACUCAAAGCUACAUUGGAUCGUGUUCUUAGCUUUCGGCUUUCCAACAACCAAGCUUCGAUUAUCCCAUCAAAAAUUUCAGUCAUGGGUCAGGUUGUGAGUUGUCCUGACAUUGUACAGCGGUGCAAAUCAUUUCCAACAGCUUAUCAAGGAGUUGAUAUGUCAAAAAUGAGUAAUCUUGCCCUUUCGUUUUAUUAUGGCGUUGAGGUAGUCACAUCUUAUCCUUCAUUAUUUCAUUCAUUGAAUAAAUCAAAUGACUCUAGCAUAUAUGAAAGCAAACUUAAGCAUGACGUCUUUUCUGAUCCAUUUGAAUUGAUUUCCCUACGAUUUGAUCAGCCGUUGCCAGCAAAGGAAUCGGAUUUACCAGAAUUCAUGUGUUUGUUCGAAAUGGUUUCAGAAGUCAAUAUAAAUGCAGAUGGCAUUGCUGAUGGAUUACUAUACUGGUUUGAUGUUGAAAGCGGUGCUCAAACCUAUAGUACACGGUCCUGCCAAAACCUUUCCAAAUGUGCCAUAUACUUAUUUGAUGAAAGUCGUAAAGUCACAAAAAAUGAAAAUUUAGUUGUUAAAUCCUCCAAUUUUCGCGGAGAUUUCGUUUUUGAAGUGUCGUGA